AUGCCGCCAAUCCCCAUUUACGCAGAUGCGCCCAUCUCGGCGGCCAAAGCCGAUGGUAUAACCCCUCAGACGGCACCUCCACCAACUCGCACGACUGAGGUGCCAGCAACCACGACGAGCACUGCCAGCACCAACAGCUAUCCGGCCGCUCAGCCUGGUGCCUCAGCAGAGCCUGCACCCACGGGCAGUGUCUCAAGACCUCAACCUCCACCACCUAGUGAAACAGUCCCCACGAGCGUCCAGACUGAUGGCCCACCUCCUCCUCAGCCCGGCGCUGUGCCCACGCCAUCACUCACUCACACCAAUGGCUACAACCCCAAUAGCCCAGCACCCCCAAGAGCACAGCCCAUGCCCCAAAUGCCAUCACAACUCAACAUUCCCGCACCAAUGACAAGCAAUCUGGCCUCCCACAGCACAGUAGCCGCUUCUCCAACCUCGCCCACACGCCGUCCCGUAACCCUACCCAUGGGCCCCGUGCACAGCCGUCCCGCCAGCAUCUCAACACACCCUCCGGGCUAUCAACAGAACCCAUACGCCGCUGAGAUGACCUCUGCACAACGCGCCAGUCUUGAAGCCGCAGAGGCAGCAGAAAGAGGCCGCAGAUCUGGCCGCAAUAGCAUUAGCGAAUGGAUUGCCGGGGAAGACGACGGCUUUGGCAGUCCUUCCACCGGCUCGGCAAAAGCUUGGGAUGCCGUCAAGGGUUUCGCUACACAGGCUGGAACAUGGGCGGGCAAGGCCAAUGAGUUUGCGAGUAAGAAGCUUGGUUGAUCUACUCCGUUGCCCUGCAUUGAUGCAGCAGUUGGUAUAGAUAGUAUACACUCAGUGGACUUUUGGGCGUCACCGUGGGUUUGGCAGAGGAUGGGUUGGGUUGGGUUUCAUGCAUUAUGAUUUCCACGUUCGCUUUUAUGUAACAACAAGACAAGACAACAGUAUGACGGCUGAG